AUGGAAGAGUUUAAAAAAGAUUGAGAUUGAGAAAAGUUCUGCGAAGUGGACCAAGCUCAUGCCAAGUGCAGCGAAAAGGAAACGGGAACGAAACACAUAUACGUACCAUCGUCAUCUUCGUCUUUUCCGCAGCUGUUCGUAGGAAUUUACAUCGAUUUUCUGCUGACCAGGCUACUGUCUACUAUUAACGAUCAAAGAACACAAUGACAACCCAUUUCAGCAGAGGACCGUCUUUUGGGAUGUCAGCAGAAGUCAAAAGCAAGCUGGCCCAGAAGUAUGACCCCCGCAAGGAGGAGGAGCUGCGGCAGUGGAUCCAGGAAGUGACGGGCCGCAAGGUCGGCGACAAUUUCAUGGAGGGGCUAAAAGACGGCGUCAUCCUGUGCGAAUUAAUUAACAAGCUUCAUCCUGGAUCUGUGAAAAAGAUCAGCAACUCCCCGCAGAACUGGCACCAGUUAGAAAAUAUUGGAAACUUUGUCCGGGCCAUCACGGAGUACGGCCUAAAGCCACAUGACCUCUUUGAAGCCAACGACCUGUUUGAGAACAUGAACCACACCCAGGUGCAGAGCACUCUCAUCACCCUGGCGGGAAUGGCUAAAUCCAAAGGCUAUCACUGUAAAUGCGACGUUGGGGUGAAGUAUGCUGAGAAGCAGCACCGCCAGUUCAACCCACUGCAGCUGAAAGAGGGGCGCAACAUAAUCGGGCUUCAGAUGGGCACUAAUAAGUUUGCCAGUCAGAAAGGCAUGACCUCGUAUGGAACACGACGCCACCUCUACGAUCCAAAGGCGGGCAUGGACAAUCCCCUGGACCAAUCGACCAUCAGCCUGCAGAUGGGCACCAACAAGGGAGCCAAUCAGUCCGGAAUGACCGCCCCGGGUACGAAGCGGCAGAUCUUCGAUAAGAAGCUGGACAUGGAGCCCUGCGACAUGGCCACGGUGUCCCUGCAGAUGGGCACCAACAAGGUGGCGUCGCAGAUGGGCAUGACUGUGUACGGCCUGCCGCGCCAGGUGUACGACAGCAAGUACUGCGUCAACCCCAACGAGCAGGCGGGCAUGGAGGACGGCCUGGAUGGGCACGGGUUCGAGAUGGGAAGCGGAGCCCCUGCUACACUUACUGCUGCCUGACGCUCCCAGUUUUGUGCGUGUGUGUGUGUGUGUGUGUGUGUGUGCGGUUUUCUGCAAAACUGUCUCUGCUGUCACUCAAAGUGCAUCAGACCCGACAGCGGUGGUACUCAAACGCGGUCCUGGGACCCCCCCCCCCGUGUGUGCUGGUUUUCGUUCCAGCCACAAUUGCAAUGCCAGAAUUUUAACAAGCUUUUUAAUUUCUCUUAAUUACGUGCUUUUCAUGCUCAGAGACAUUAUUUAAGCCUCUUAAGCCACAUUGUGUUGGAAAUAGCUGUGCAUGGUCUGUAGAGUAAAUAUACCAGCAUUCACAGGGGGCCUCAGGAUCAAGGUUGGGAACUACGACCACACACCACAAUUACACUUGUUUUGUGUGUCCUAUAUCUGCUCUUAGAACAGUUUCAUGCUUUGUGCAAAAGGCAAAUAAAUGAACGGUGGAGUUUAAAACAUCCUAACAGUGGAACCGCGAGGCCAGUGGAACUCCGAGCCACAGUUAUGGAUAUUUAUGUCUACGCAUGUUAGAGUUAAUAUUUUAGCCCAAGCUUAAUCCAGCCCCAUCCCACACCGUAAAUGUGACCGGUGUUAUCGGGAUUAAAGCAUACACAUAUAUAACUGCAAAAUGAUCUGAUGGUAUAUGAAUUCAUGCAGCUCUAGUAGCUUUGCCACCUGUGGAUCUGUAAUAGUUGUUUACUGCUGGUCGAUGCCAUGUUAGACACUGCCACACCAUGUGCUCUUGUAGAUUUCUAUAUAUAUAAAAUAUAUAUAAUUUAAUAUAUAUAUUUUAUAUAUAUAAAAAUCAACAUCAUUUAAA